AUGGCACAGCUUGUCUCCCUCCCGGAAGUGGAGCGCCUCAGCACGUCGGUUAUCAGAAUCUUGGGCGGAAACCCUGGGAAGUUCACCCUGCAAGGGACCAACACAUACCUGAUUGGCCGCGGUAGCCAGCGGAUUCUCAUUGAUACAGGCGAAGGCAAGCCCACGUGGGCUACCAAUCUUCAAUCCGUCCUCUCCGAAGAGAAAGCCACUGUGCAGCAAGCCCUCCUCACCCACUGGCACGGGGAUCAUGUCAACGGAGUGCAAGAUUUACUGAAGAUUUGCCCACAGGCACAGGUGUUCAAGCACCAGCCUGAUGACGGACAGACCGAUAUCCAAGAUGGACAGGUCUUUCGAGUCGAAGGGGCCACACUAACGGCAUUUCAUACCCCGGGUCACACUGUCGACCAUAUGGCGUUUGUAUUGCAGGAAGAAGAUGCGCUAUUCACCGGCGACAAUGUGCUGGGGCAUGGAACCGCCGUGUUUGAAGAUUUGAAGGUCUACCUAUCAAGUCUUCAUCGAAUGCGUGAUAGAGUGGGAGGCCAGGGUUACCCCGGCCAUGGCCCAGUUAUUGAGAAGGCUACUUCACGGAUCUCCGAAUACAUCCAACACCGCCAGAAGCGAGAAGAUGAAAUCUUACAAGUACUACGGUAUGGGAAGCUCGAGACUGACGACGGAGAAGCAUCGCCCGAGCGCGGGCGUGGCUGGACUCCGCUCGAGCUCGUGAAGGUCAUCUAUCGCGAUGUCCCCGAAAGCCUUCACCUGCCCGCAUCCCACGGAGUGAUCCAAGUGCUCAAUAAACUAGAAGAUGACGGGCGCACAGUGCAUGAUUCCGUUUCGGGGCAAUGGCGACUUGGGAAUGAAAAAUCCGCGCUAUGA